AUGAAUCAAACCGGUGUUCGAUUGCCCUCCAUUAGUGCUCUAUUACAAGCAUUCCCGGUCACGUGCGCACCAUCCUCUUCGUCGUCGACGACGACUUCUCCAUCAUCACUAUUCACGGAGAAGCCGCUGCUGGGUCACGUGGGAGCAACUACUAUCGCUCCUACCAGCUGUGGCACUGCUGCCAUAGUGGGAUUGCCCACUCCGCGUGCAUCGGCCGCUGAUCUUGCGGCUCACAAUCUGCACCACUAUCAACACCAGCACCAGCACCAGCACCAGCACCAACACCAACACCAGCUGUCACCUGCGCCCUCACGGUCGUCGUCAACGUCGCUGCUGGAGGUUUCCGGCUUGACACCUCCAAUGUCAAGCAGCAAUGCCACGACCGCCGCGAUGAUGGUCGAAGGACCUUUGAAAUGCGUGUGUCGCAACAACACUGAAACAGGCCAUCACAUCCCGCGGCCCCGCAACGCGUUCAUCUUGUUUCGCCAACAUAUGCACCAACAAUUGUUCUCCAAAGACUCAUCGCGCCACACGGACCACACUCCACCAGCCACAACGCCUGGUACGCCAGAAAGUAACGGCGCCGUGUCUGGAUCUUCAGACGUGUCUUUCAAAACCAAUUCGCAGAUCUCGCGGGAAAUCGGACAGCGUUGGCGUGAAUUGCAGGAUCACGAACGCAGUUACUGGCAGAAUCUCGCAUUGCAGGAAAAAGAGGCUCAUCGUCUACGGUAUCCGGGCUACAAGUACAUACCUCGCAAGAGUCGUGCGGGCAAGAGACAACGCAAAGACGGUUGUGAGUUUUGCAAGCUUCGCACAGACACUCAACUUCGUUAA